GCGGUUGGUUGUGUUUCGUCGUUCGGUCCCUAAUUUCGCUUUUCGCAGCGGAAUAAAAACAACCAGGUGAUUCGUGCCACGAAGUGUCUUCGAUCUGCUGCUUCCCAACCGACCGAGCGUGCAAUUCACGAACCGUGCACCAACCGAUCCGCCAAGUCCGCGCCAAUCCCGCUCCUGUGCCGGACGGGUGUAUUAAAAAUAGCUCCACAAAGGCACUCGACGAAGCACCCGCCGGGCCGAGUACGAAAUCCGAAAGCGGUUAGCGGAUUUAAUUUUCCGGCCCGCAAACGCCGCGCUUAGAACCGCACCGCGCGGUGCAUACCCGAGUGCGAAGUGUGUGUGUGUGUGCGAAAUCAUCGGACGAUCGACGGACUGACGGAGUGUUGGUGGUUUCGACGUAGGUCGCGUAUGUUUACAUAUUUCGGUGCGUGCUGCUGUGCGCAGAAGAAAGUGGCAACAUCGUACGAUACACCGCGGCGGCCCGUUACGCGGCCAUCUGCCACAUAGCCACAUUUCACCAGCCGCAAAAAAAACCCACGUCCACGUGCACAAACCGUGGCGCGGCGCCGGAAAGAAAGUGACAGACCGCGAGAGAUAGUUACACCCCGUGUGUCUGUGUGUGUGUUUAUCGGUUUUUCGAUUUGUCUCUCGACCGGAAGCGAGCCUCGUGGGACCGGCGUGUGAAUGCCGUCGAGCCAAGGGUACCGGAAAGUUGCAUCGGAACCUCCGAUCGAAGCGGCAAGUGGCGUUGGCGGCGACCAGGACAGUCCCUCGACCAUGGCUACGACUACGGGACCGGCGGCGGCACCCGGGACGGUCGCGGCACCCGGCACGAUUCAGUCGAAUCCGGCCGGUAAAAUACCGGCCACCAACUCACAGCAACGGUUGAUGGCGCAAGAUUCGGAUUCCGCUACGUCGUCGUUGGAUGAUGCCGACAUUGAAGAGUCCCGGCCGGAUGAUGACGCGACCACGGUCGACACGGUGACGGGGACGGGCAGGGCCAGCGCCUGGUUCACGGUGGGCGUUCUUUGCUUCGUCAAUCUCAUCAACUACAUGGACCGGUUUACCAUCGCAGGUGUGCUCACGGAAAUACAGGAUCACUUCCAGAUCGGCGACGACGAGGGAGGCCUCCUGCAGACGGCGUUCGUCCUGUCGUACAUGAUCUGCGCACCCAUCUUCGGCUACCUGGGCGAUCGGUACUCCCGCAAGUGGAUCAUGGUCCUCGGAGUGUCGCUCUGGAGCACGACCACCCUGCUCGGAUCGUACAUGAACCACUUCGGGUGGUUCAUCACGUUCCGUGCCCUGGUCGGCAUCGGCGAGGCUUCGUACAGCACGAUCGCCCCGACCAUCAUCUCCGAUCUGUUCGUCGGCGAUAUGCGCUCCAAGAUGCUGGCCAUGUUCUAUUUCGCCAUUCCGGUGGGAUCCGGUUGCGGGUACAUUAUCGGUGCGGAAAUGGCCAGCCUGAUGAACUCGUGGGUCUGGGCACUGCGCGUGACGCCGGUGCUGGGCGCAAUCGCCGUUGCCCUCAUCAUUAUGCUACGGGAACCGGUGCGCGGGCAAAGCGAAGCGUCGCACCACAUGCAGGCCACCUCGUACACCAAGGACAUCAAGGCGCUGGUUCGAAAUCGCUCGUUCAUGCUGUCGACCGGUGGGUUCACCUGUGUCGCCUUCGUAGCCGGAGCCCUCGCCUGGUGGGGGCCCAAGUUCAUUCACCUCGGGCUAACGUCACAGGCGGGCAACGAACACGUUACGCUCAACGACGUGUCCUACCGGUUCGGGAUUGUAGCGAUGACGGCCGGUUUGAUUGGCGUUCCGCUCGGAUCGUUCCUUUCGCGGCGGUGUCGCGAGUUUGCCGAACACUGUGACCCACUCAUCUGUGCCGCCGGACUGAUCAGCAGCUCGCCGUUCAUCUAUCUCAGUCUCGUCAUGGUCAAGUACAGCGGUGGCUGGUGCUUUACGUUUGUGUUUUUCGGCGAACUACUCCUCAACCUGUCCUGGUCGAUCGUCGCCGAUAUGCUGCUGUACGUGGUGGUGCCAACGAGGCGUUCCACCGCCGAAGCGUUCCAGAUCUUGAUUUCACACGCGCUCGGUGAUGCCGGUAGUCCAUACUUUGUUGGCCUGAUGUCCGAAGCCAUUAAGCGAGUAAUUCGGUUGUCGUCCGAUGCCUACUCCGGCAUCGAAUCGAUGCGGCCUUCGAUCAGCAUGCGCAGCCUGUCGCAGUUGGCCGAAAACGUAACCGCGACGACACUGGACACGCUCAGCACCACCCCGGCGCUGGAACUGUCCGGCGUCGGACCGGAGGACGAUACGCCUCUGGUGAAGUUCCGUGCCCUGCAGUACUCCCUCUUCUCGACGUGCUUCGUCGAGAUUCUGGGCGGACUGUUCUUCAUGGUGACCGCCAUCUACAUCGUGCGUGACAAAGCACGCGCUUCGGCGGCCGUCCAAAGCUGUCAGCUAGAAUUAAGCGAAAGUUCCGGUUCCGCUUCCGAUGGUAAUGCGACCGACGACGGUCUGCGCCAGGCGAUCGGUGGUCCGCUGUGCACCGGUGCACCGUGCGAUGGCGGCGUCCACGAACACCGACGGCCGUUCGCGGCGUCCUAACGGCGGCAGCAACCGACUGAAGUUAUCUAAUUGGUGGUGUCCUUCGGUUCGUAGCUGUCUCUCGGACGGCCACACCUAAUGCUUCCUGUUCCAUGUGUUCCCCCGGUCUCGUCAUCCCCGGUACCCCUGUAACCGUUGCCUAUGCCGGUCCCCCUGUUACGAACCGAAGGACACUUGGGUUCCGAAGCGAUUCGAUUGUGUGCCGUGUAUCCAGCACGAUCGAUAUUCCGGAAUCCGGAAAAUUAGAUGAAGCCGCACAUGUUAGCGCACUUAAUUCUAGUAGCACAGUCGAAUUCGGCCUCCGCGCAUCGAUUGGAAAGCUCGCUUUCCGAUGUAGAAGACACGUUACCAAGCACGCGGCCGUGAAAUGGAUGACCACGGAGCAGUUAGUGGCUCAGAAGGAAACAACCGUGGUCCAAACUCCAAAGUCCUACGCUGGGCACGUAGAGGAGCCCUUCAAGUGGAUGGACUGCGAUGUAGAUUUAGGGCAACACCAAUUGGAAGAAAGAAACAAAACAGAACUGAACUGCAACCGCUCGCGGUCCCUCGUGGCCAGGGCUGGUACUAGUGUAUGUCGUAGUGUGUAAGGAAGCAAAAUACUAGGUUUAUUUUCUAUUUCGUAAUGGAUAACCGUAUUCGACGGCAAACUCGUUCACGUUUGGCAUGUUCGUAGGAUCGCGUCGCGCGGCUCAUUACGUCACAACACAUUAGAUGAAGGUCUGAAAGGUCGAUACGAUAGGGAACGUCCUCCGCCCCAAACAGUAGCAGUAGAGGAAGCGAACCAUCCUCCUACGGUGGCAUGUACAUAGACUCAACACACCACUACCCUCCGUUCGCACACCUACAAGGAUUGUUCAAGAAAAGGUGUCGAUUGUCGAUAGCAUUAAAAGUAACUACCACGUGUUCCGCUCGGGCGGGAAACAAUGUUUGUAUUAGAUCAACUUGCUGUUGUUACGUUAGACAUACAGAGAUAGAGAGACAGAGAGACAGAGAGAAAGAGAGAGAGUGUGUGUCUCAAUUGCCUUAAAGCUAACUAUUGGCAUCACAGCAUGAAUGGACGAGGAAUGGUGUGAAAAGCAAUAGAUCUUAUGGUAAAUAGGUGCCGGGGCAAACAGGUGGUGAGAAACGGAGGAGCUUUGGUGAUGUUUUCGAUAACUGACCUCUGGUUUAGGUAAACAAAAACCAGGCUUAGAAGGAAUGGUCCCCGGGACCCGGGAUUGACUGAAAAAAUACGAUUAACGGGAGCUGAAUUGAAGUUCUACCAUUACCGUAACCGUCGCGAAACAAAGGAAAGAAAGCAUUCACUCAACUCCCCGCGUUUAAGCUACGUUGUAGUGUAAUUCCUGUGGUUUUUCCUUCCGUUUCUUAUCCAGAUUGUCCAACACUCCAUUCAUUCAUUUGAGAGACUGUUUUAAGAAGUAAACUUCCGAGAUGCGCGUAAUGAAAUGAAAUCAUUUAAGCCAAAUUGGUUAGAAAAUGCGUUUAGUAUUUUGCGAACAAAGCAAGGAAAUAUUUAUUUGUCGAUUUUUCUGUAUUUUCGGUUAUUUGUUUUCCCCUUUUCCUUCAGCAAAACAGUGCGGAGAACGGAAAGAACGAAAAGUUAAUAAACAUAAUGUGAAACAAACAUGACUGUUUUC